AUGGAGCGUGUUGUCCAGGCAGCGCUGGUAGACUUCGUUCGCACCCUACAGCAGCAGAAAAUCAUAGACCUAGCAACAGGCGAUCAUUUGCGCUUCGAUCCACACUACAAUGAGACACUCUGGACGGAUGUACCCCUGUUCGGCAUCAACGUUGCAAAUUACUGGAACUGUGACCCCGACGCGGAGAUUCAAUAUAUCAACAAAGUCGCCUUACUCGCCCAGCUAACCUCUUCUCCCGCAAACUUUCCCCUGCAGCCAGGGACUACCACAGGACCAUUUGACUUCUCGCUCUACGCUCUUUGGGAUUUCCGCGAGGCUUUUGAGAAUACCGCUGAGCCGCGUGCGCACAACACCACUGUGCUACGCGCGGCGGCAUUGUGGAUGAUCCACGCUGCGGAUAGGCUGUGGGAGAAUGUCCGGGCGAAGCGCGACUUUAGGCACAGGGCGAGUAAUGGUAACCCUGCUAAAGAGGGCGACGCAUCUCGCAAAUCGAGGAAGAGGUGGGUUGGGUUCAAUAAAGAGAGGUGGGAUAUCUGGAUCAAGGGGUUGGAGAAUGGGAAAGAGGUCGAGGAUGAGGAGGAUUGGAGGGUGGAGAGGGACGAGAUGUAUGCUUGA